CGCACCGGCCCCGCACGGCCCCGCACCGCCUCUGCAGCUCCGCGCCCUGCCCAGACUUGAAACGAUGCCAUCAAGAAGCUUUUGGUGCUCUCUUGUGUUGCUCGGGGUUUUCCCUCUGGUCACGAGGGGAUGGAUGGACGUGGACAGGAGCAGGAGGCUGUUCUCGGACGCGGGGAGGUGGCACCAAGAGGACUCCAGAAGGUUUGAAGUUACAAGAAGAAAAGAGCUGGACGGGCUGCAGGCACCCUGUGAGAAGCCGUGCGGGCGCGGCAGCCGCUGCGUCCUCAACCCCGCCACGCGCCAGCCCGAGUGCCGCUGCCUGGAGGAGUGCAGGGCCACCUACAUGCCCGUCUGCGGCUCCGACGGCAGGUUCUACGAGAACCACUGCCAGCUGCACCGAGCCUCCUGCCUGCAGAGCAAGAAGAUCUACAUCGUCCACAGCAAGGAGUGUUUCUUCAAAGGGGACCCCUGUACCAUGGCAGACUACAGCAGGCUCAAGAGCAUCCUGCUGGACCUGCAGGCCCGUCGGCAGAGCCCCCCCAGCAGCCUGGCCAAGGACAGAGUGGCCCAGAAGCGCUUCUUGAUCGAAGACCUGUUCAAGCACUUGGAUCUAAACAGUGAUGGGCAUCUCAGCAGCUCCGAGCUGGCUCAGCUGAUGAAGAAGGAGGACCUGGCAGGUGAUUUGUUGGGCUGUACCCUGGAGGACCUUCUGCGCUUUGACGACUACAACAGCGACGGGCGCCUGACCCUGCAGGAGCUCUACACGGCCUUCCAGGUGGUUCGGCUGAGCCUGCCGGAGGAGCAGAGGGUCACUGUCACCACCAUCACCGUGGGCCUCAGCACCGUCCUGACCUGCGGCAUCCGCGGGGCCCUGCGGCCUCCCAUCGUCUGGAAGCGCAACGGCGUCGUCCUCAACUUCCUCGACCUGGAGGACAUCAACGAUUUUGGAGAGGACGAUUCCCUCUACAUCACCAAGGUAACGACCGUGCACAUGGGCAAUUACACCUGUCAUGCCUACGGCUACGAGGAGCUGUAUCAGACCCACAUCCUUCAGGUGAAUGUGCCUCCGGUGAUCCGGGUGUACCCCGAGACGCAGGCGCAGGAGCCGGGCGUGUCCGCCAGCCUCAGAUGUCACGCCGAGGGCAUCCCUAAUCCCCGAAUUACCUGGCUCAAGAACGGCAUCGAUAUCACGCCCAAACUGUCCAAACAGCUCUCGCUCCUCGCAAAUGGGAGUGAACUCCACAUCAGCAGCGUUCGGUACGAGGACACUGGUGCCUACACCUGCAUUGCCAAAAAUGAGGUGGGAGUGGACGAGGAUAUAUCUUCACUUUUCAUCGAAGAUUCAGCAAGAAAGACCCUUGCAAACAUACUGUGGCGAGAGGAAGGCCUGAGUGUGGGGAAUAUGUUCUAUGUCUUUUCCGAUGAUGGGAUCACGGUCCUGCAGCCAAACGAAUGCGAAAUCCGGAGACACAUCAGGCCCGAAGAGAGGAUUUUCACCACUUAUGAGGAAAUCUGUCCUAGAGUGGAAGGUGAAGACACUCAGUCCUGCCUCUGGGCUUCAGCAGUCAAUGUCAGAGACAAGUACAUUUAUGUGACACAGCCUAAGCAGAACAGAGUCCUGAUAAUUGAUAUCCAGACUCAGAAAGCCAUACAGUCCUUGUAUGUGGACCCAUUACCAACCAAACUACAUUAUGACAAGUCCCACGACCAAGUGUGGGUGCUCAGCUGGGGGGACAUGAGGAAAUCCUCAACCACACUGCAGGUGAUCCCGGAGGCGAGCGCGGGGGAGGAUCCGCGGGUGAUCCGCACGCCCUUCCAAGGAGUGGAGGAUUUUUUUAUACCACCUACAAAUCUUAUUAUUAAUCAUGUCAGGUUCGGCUUCAUUUUUAACAGAUCGAAGCCAGCGGUUCACAAGAUUGACCUGGAGACCGUGACCCACGUCAAGACCAUCAGCCUGCGGGCGCGGGGCUGUGCUCCACAGGCCAUGGCCUACACCCACCUGGGCGGCCACUACUUCAUCCAGUGCCGGCGGGGCCGCGCGGGCGCCGCGUCCCCCCAGCUCAUCCUGGACAGCGUCACCGACGCCGUCGUCGGCCCCAACGGCGCCGUGUCGGGCUCCCCGCACGUGUCCCCCGACGGGCGGUACCUGGUCAGCGCCGACGGGGACAGCGGCAGGAUCGCGGUGCAGGCCCUGACCGUGCGGGGGGAGAUCCGGCUGGUUUAUGACUUACAGACGAACACCCGCGUGUCCGAUCUGACGUUCCAGCCCUCCUUCACCGAAGGCAAUCAGUACUAUGUAUACGCCGCCUCACAUCGGCAAACGGAUGUGCUUUUUGUGGAGCUGUCGACGGGGAAAAUGAACGUACUGAAGAACUUAAAGGACCCUAUCGCAUCCAAAGACUGGCCCUGGAGCAGCUACAACAGAAUUAUGAAAGACAGUGGAUUAUUUGGACAGUAUCUCAUUACACCAGCUAAAGAUUCAUUGUUUGUUAUAAACGGGAGGCAAAAUACGUUACGCUGUGAGGUGUCGGGUGUAAGGAGGGGUAACACAGUGGUCUGGGUUGGGGAGGUAUGAAAGGGCAGUAGAGGUGGAGCCUUCAGCAGGCAAGGACCAGUUGGACCUUUACACUGCAACAGAUGAGCAGUAGCAUUGUAUAUUUUUACACUGGGAAAACAAAAAGAAAAAAACAAAAAACCCCCUGUAUAGGCUUCAUGGUACAACACUGGUCUACUUGCAAGUUUUAUAAUAUAAGGUAUGCUCUGCUAAUAGGAAGUGGUUUUGAAGGGAUAUUUUUUAUUUGUGGGUAUGAUUUGUGGUUACGAGAAAAAUGCUGGGAAACAAGUAAUAUCUCCACUGAGAUAUCGUAUAAGCCACGAAACCCAGUGAUUCUGUAGAACAAAACAGGUUUUGACUUUCCAUACUGAGGAGCUUUUGUGUUAUGUCCAAGCCAUCAGUUUUCUUCCCUGCAUCCUUUGCCUGUUGGCUGCACUGGCUGCCCCACCCCAGCACGGGGAGGCUGCAGCAGCGAGGACUGCAGUGAAUAUUCCCCUUUGGAUGAUGGGGGGAACUAAGCAUCAGAGCAGUUUUCAACCCAGAGAAACCUGGGAGGUCGAUUUAAUGAAAGCUGAUGUGUUUCCUCUGCAGGAUGGCUUUGGGAGGAUGCACAGAUGUGGUUUCAGAAGGAGGCAUCACAGAAAUAGUAACUGUCAGCUCGCUCGCUUCCGCGCUUAAUUUUGCUCUUGGUCCUACUGAAGGCAAUGGGAUGAGUCCCCCCUCUUCCAGUGCGUGUUUGUGUGAUUGUGUUUGAGAAAUUUGCCAUGAAAUAUCCAGGCCAUUACCCAUCCAAGCCUGGGUAAAAGCCAGGAAACACUGAGGUGGGGAGGGGUCAGAGUUUGUAAACAAUUUUGUUGAGAAGGUGGUGUUGGUCUUUCAGCAGCUCGCAGUGCUGUCAGUUUGGGCACAAUAUGCAAAAUCUGCUCUUUUGGGGGCAGAGGAUUAGUUACAGUUAUUCCCAUAGGAGACAGCAACACUUCUAGACAUCAUUGGUUUCUCUCAUUAAAUAUUUAGUAGCACUGAAGCCCCUUGGUUCUUCAUAAAAUAGCAGUUAAAAUGACAGGCAUUAUUCUAAUAGAAACUUCAGUCAUUUUCUAGUCAUAGCCUUAAUUGCCUAUUUCUUUUCAGAAAAACCAGGAAACAAUUCUUCUUUGUGAUUUUUUUCUCUUCAUGUUUAUAGUACACUUGUUUAUAGUCAAUUAUCUUUUAGUUAUGAGCAAAGACAUUCAUGUAAAAGCGGCUGAAGCAUCCAAGAAUGCAACAGCUGGCAUUGAGAAAUUUCAGUCGAGUUCCCAUAAAAACACACAGCCAUUUGCACACUGGGAAGAUAUAAAAACUUUUCUAGUUGCAUUUUUGUAACUUUCUACAUCCAUCACCAUGAGGGAAUGAGGGCAAGAGCAGCUGUGGCUCGCGGAGCCGGGUGAGCAGCAGUGCCAUCGGAGAGGUUGUAUCCCCUGUGCCACUUGGAAAAUGUGGUCUUGAGGUGGGUCAAAACUCUCUGAAGGUAAAUUUUGGAAGCUUUGGAGCCACCUGUUGGCCUUUGGAAAGAUCCAGCUCAUUUUGCCAGUGACCUUGUUGCCCAGAGUUUGUACAAAAGCUGCUGCUGAACACAUCCAGUGAUAGGUAGUGGUGUGGUAAUUAUUUUCCUCCACAGAUGCUUAAAGUCACCCAUUUCACUCCACACACAGAGGGAUUUUAAGCAAGAAGGAUGCUUAACACUGGUAAUCUUUGCUUUAAAUGUUAAACUUUACCAGAAGAGCAGCAUUUUAGCAUGGCUGUAGACCUGAAGUGUUUUAAACCAUUUCAGUUCUAUAGAGAAUAUAAAAAUCUGUUCUGACAGACGAAGAAGGGGAGCUGAAUCCUAUGAAUUCAUUAAACAUGGAGUCCUUGAAAUUGCCCUUCAACUCCCACAGGCUGAAUGCUACAUCUCUCUCACUUAUGAGCCAUAGGGGUUAGAAGAGACUCUUCCAUCAUUGCAACACAGACAUGUGAGACAGAUGGGCAUAGCCCUCCUUUAGCAAUGCAUGGUGUCCAUGAUUUUCUACUCAUCCCAUUAGGAAACAUACCCAUGUCAAGGAAAGGAGAAGACCAGCUUUGUAAGUACCUUUAAAUAUGCACAACUCCUUUCUUGAACAAAGCUGUAUCCAUCCAUUGCAGCCAUCCUAAAUGUCUUUUACCAAGGCCAAACACUGCUCUCGUGUUACCUUUUAUGACUUCUUGAGUAUUUUGUUAUGCCUACGGUACGUUUUCCCUGUAGAGACGUUCAUUGUGUCAUAGAUCAAGCAAAUAUUACUUUUUUAAGAAUAUUUAAAACAAAAAAAAAUCUGUAUAUAUCUGUUCAGGUAAAUAUUCUUGAGGCUGGUUUAUAUAUAGGCUGUGAAAGAUGUGUAACAGACCUCACUUCUCCCUGUUUGUCUCAAAAUAUUGGAAUAGCGUUCACUUGAAAAAUCCCACUUGGACCUUCCAAAGAUGUUCCCUUUCUUCCCUCUUCAGCCCAAGUUCUGGUGAUGUGUUUUUCUAAAUUAUCCUAAUGGUUAUAUAUCAUCCUUAGAAAAUGAACUACAACUUAGAUUGUCCACACUCCUUGUGAACAGUUCCAAUGACAGUCAAAUCUGACAUUAAAGUGCUGCACAUUUGUUACUCUGAUUUUAUUUUUUUUUAAUGACACAGAAAUUUUAUAUAUAUUCAAAAAAAUGUUUCAACUCAUUUUUGCCUUUCAGCUCUGUCAAAAAGAGACUGCAUUUCCUGUGGGCAGUUUCUUUUCUACUCCCUUUGUGUUCUCUACCAAUUCACACUUAAUUCCUAGUUAAUAAAUUAUUAAUUAAUCA